GAGGAGCGGGUGUGUGACGGUCACAAGAAUCUUUCUUUCAGCUUUUAUUCGGCGCUCUUGCAAUAUAACAACGCCGCGGAAAGAUGAUGCUUUCAAGAGCCAAACCGGCUGUAGGCAAUGAGGUACAGCAAAUAGAUAAGAAAAAGAAAAAAGGAAAAAAAGUUCCAAGACUGGAUGAGCUGCUUGCACAGAGAGACUUUACUGGAGCAAUCACAUUACUUGAGUUUAAGCGCCAGGUUGGGGAAAGUGAAGAGGACACAGAAUUAUGGAUUGGUUACUGUUCAUUUCAUCUUGGAGACUACAAAAGAUCUCUGGAGGUAUUUAAGGCUCUGAGCCAACAAGAAGGGUGUAAUCCCGAUGUCUGGGUGAAUCUGGCUUGCACCAGCUUUUUCCUAGGAAUGUACAAAGAGGCAGACGAAGCAGCCAAUAAAGCACCCAAAAGUCGCCUUCAGAAUCGAUUGCUUUUCCAUCUGGCUCAUAAGUUCAAUGAUGAGAAGAGACUCAUGGUGUUUCACCAGAACCUUCAGGAUGUCAUUGAGGAUCAGCUAAGUCUGGCAUCUAUUCAUUACAUGCGAUCACACUACCAGGAGGCCAUAGAUAUUUACAAGAGGAUACUGCUAGAAAACAGGGAUUUCCUUGCUCUGAAUGUCUAUGUGGCUUUGUGCUACUAUAAACUUGAUUAUUAUGAUGUUUCCCAAGAAGUACUUGCUGUAUAUUUACAGCAGGUUCCUGACAGCACAAUAGCUCUGAAUCUCAAAGCCUGCAAUCAUUUCCGACUGUAUAAUGGAAAGGCAGCUGAGGCAGAAUUGAAAGGUUUGAUGGACAGUACCUCGUCACCGAUUGAAUUUGCCAAGGAGCUGAUUAAACACAAUCUUGUUGUGUUUCGUGCAGGUGAAGGUGCACUGCAGGUAUUACCACCCUUGGUUGAUGUGAUUCCAGAAGCACGUUUAAAUUUAGUGAUUUAUUAUCUCAGGCAAGAUGAUGUUCAAGAAGCCUUUAACUUGAUUAAGGAUUUGGAACCAUCAACUCCACAGGAAUAUAUACUAAAGGGUGUAGUAAAUGCUUCCCUUGGCCAGGAAUUAGGCUCGAGAGACCACCUGAAAAUUGCUCAGCAGUUCUUCCAGCUUGUGGGAGGCUCUGCCAGUGAAUGUGAUACAAUUCCUGGGAGGCAGUGCAUGGCCUCUUGCUUUUUUCUUUUGCACCAAUUUGAUGAUGUUUUAAUCUACCUUAACUCUAUAAAGAGUUACUUCUAUAAUGAUGACACCUUUAACUUUAAUUAUGCUCAAGCCAAAGCAGCAGUUGGAAAUUACAAGGAGGCUGAGGAGGUUUUCCUCUUAAUUCAGAAUGAGAAGAUUAAAAAUGACUACACAUAUCUAAGCUGGCUUGCCCGUUGCUAUAUUAUGAACAAGAAACCAAGGAUGGCCUGGGAGUUAUACCUAAAGAUGGAAACCUCAGGAGAGUCAUUUAGCCUCCUACAGCUAAUUGCCAAUGAUUGCUACAAGAUGGGCCACUUCUAUUAUGCUGCCAAGGCAUUUGAUAUACUAGAAAGGCUGGACCCCAGUCCAGAAUACUGGGAGGGGAAGAGAGGAGCAUGUGUGGGAAUCUUUCAGAUGAUUUUAGCAGGCCGUGAACCCAAAGAGACACUACGGGAAGUGCUGAAUUUGCUAAGGAGCACAGGGAAUACACAAGUUGAGUACAUUAUCCGAAUCCUGAAGAAAUGGGGCAAGGAGAAUCGAGUACCAGUUUGAUCAUCACCCACAACCUGGUCACAGACAUACGAUACACAGGAUCCUUCUGACACAGUCUCAGUACCAAAGAUAAAAAGCUGUAACAGUAAUAUAUAGUUACCCUAUAUAUUGGCAUGUGGCAUAGCUGUGGAUCACAGCUAUGCCACUUCGGGUCACUUUAGGCCAUGCCAAAGACUCCUGUAAUAGAUGUACUUGGAUCUUUGUACUUACGACUGGAAGUGGAACUGGAGCUGUUUAAGAGGAGGAUCUUCACUCUGAAUUCCUUGGAAGGAAAUAUAAAACAUGGAACAAUUUGCUGUAAUCUUAGUGGUCUAUGGACUCCAUUUUUAUUGUCUUAAACGUCUCUUUUACAAUGAUUUGUAGGAGCCAAAUUCAGGAUGUGAGAACUUUUAGGGAAUAUAACUCCCUUCAGGGGAUCUUUUUUUUGGACAGCAUUCCAGUAAUAGCUUUUUUUAUUUAUUUGUUUUUUAAUCUGGUUCUUGAAAAAAAAGCAAACUCUUCCUUUUUCAAUAAAAUCGAGUUACAGAACUAA